AUGACGGAGCUUAGUCCAACCGUGGCGGUUGCUGCCGCUGCGGGCUCCGGUGCUUUGUCCUCUGCCAUAGCCACGGCCAGCGAUGUAGCAAACACCCACGGGUCGUCAUCUUGGCUGGGCAUGUUCACAAAGGUCCUCAUCUGGUUUUUGCAGCUCCUGUCAACAAUACUCUACUAUGCCAUCAAGCUGGCCACCAUAUCGGUCCCGACGCUGCUUUACAACAACCUGUUCUCCAAGAGCUGGACCGUCACCAUGAACGCAACAACGCUCAUGCUCAUUAUAGCUGCUAUUGCCUUGGGCAUGGCCUACUUUGUCCGCUAUCACUAUCUCACUUCGUAUGAGAGAUUACCGCCAGAACCCCAACGCAAGCAGCCGAGCAUCGAAAUAUUCUCAAACACCAGGGAGGAGGAUGCGAAGGCUGCCUUGGCCACCUAUCUGGACCAGUUCAUCAGCGCUAUCAAGAUCUUUGGCUAUCUGGAGGCUUCUGUCUACCAUGAGCUCACCCGAAGUGUCCAAACUAGGACACUCAUAGCUGGAGAAACUUUGAAUCUGGAGGAAGAGGAGGGGUUUUGUCUGGUGGUGAAUGGGCUGGUGGAGAUCUUUGUCAAGUCAGGGGAGAACCGUUCGUUUGCUCAUAGCCCACAUAUCAGCGCUGUGGACGGGUUGAGUUCGAGCGACGAUGAGCAUUCGAUUCCUGGGCAGCAGCGUUACCAGCUUUUGACCGAGGUUCGCAAUGGUGCGCCCAUGUCAUCGAUUUUCUCCAUCAUGUCUUUAUUCACCGAAGAUGUACCCCUGAGGCCUCCAGAAGACGAGGUGUCUGGGCCUGGCCUGUUUGCUGGGUAUCCGCCGAGCGCAGGCUAUCCGCCGAGUGCAGGACUGGGAGUGGUACGUCCUCGUCUGGCGCCCAUGUCACAACCAGUGACACAGCCAGGGACACCUCAAAGACAUGAUUCUGCGACGAGCUCAAUAGAGAACCUACCAGAAUCUGUCAUUACGCCCGAGACUCCUGUCUCUGUUGAUACACUGCCCCAUGUUCCGCCAAUCAGCCUUGACACAGGCACGGCCAGCAGGCCAAAGAGACCAAUCCCGAAGCGGGCAGCAACCAGCUCUGCUCAUCCAGACAUCAUUGCGAGGGCGACGGUGGACACAACCAUAGCCAUCAUUCCCGCCAGUGCCUUUAGACGUCUAAUCCGCAUCUAUCCCAAGGCAACCUCACACAUUGUCCAUGUGAUACUGUCCCGAUUCCAGAGAGUCACGCUCGCCACUGCGUACAACUACUUGGGUCUGACUGCGGAGGUCAUGCAGAUUGAGCGCAACAUGCUCAAGUACACGACACGUGAGCUUCCAAACCACUUACGGGGCGACGCGCUGGACAGACUCAAGGAGAAAUUCAAGAAAGAGAGGGAGCGGCUAGGCGAGGAAGAAGUUGGUAAGGGGAUCGCUCUCCACAAUGCCGGAGCUGGCCGUCGCCGCCAGUCUCAAGCUACCUUGCGGAAAGACGCCGUGCUGCAAGCCUUCGCAAAGCAAAGACACCGAUCGCUUGUUGGUUCGGGUGAUGGCCCCAGCCCCGGAGACCUCUUGGGAGACAUGCAGGCAGCCAGAAGUGGUGGCCAUCACCACCGAGCUCCCACUCUCUCGGCCACCUCACCUCAGUUUGACCUGCAUGUCCCACGGGAAGCCAUGUCUCCCCUUGCUCAGCGAACUCCCAACCCUUUCAAUACGCUGAGGAACCCCCAUGUGUCCAUAGCCAAACGGGAAUCAGUCGAUGAAGAUAAUCUCUUCAGAGAGUCCAUCCUGGAGUGCAUGUUCAAAGCCCUGGGCUUGGCUAAUAAUGGGACAGUCAAGGACACGGAUUCUGUUCAGGCGUCUCCACGGCUAGUAUCGCUUGAUGGGCGCCGCCAGAAAGCCGUCUUUACUACUGGGGCAUUUGGUCUCAUGGGCGGCGUGGGGGCAUCUGCUGAUGGCGAUACAGAGUCAGUAGCUUCUACAGGGUUUUCUGCUGUUCCAGUCAACCCCACUGUUCUAGCACAAGAAAUGAGAGACGAAGUGGAAAUCGUCUUCUUCCCCAAGGGUUCGGUACUAGUGGAGCAAGGCGAGCGGAAUCCUGGGCUUUACUAUGUUGUCGAUGGCUUCCUCGAUGUCUGCACCCAGACGGAGGAUUCGCACUCGGAUAUUAUCCACUCAUCAGGGAGCACGUCGCUGCAUGCUAUGGAUAGUUACGAAUCACUCUGUGCGCCCCACCAGAGACACUCGUCGAUACCCGGAGCAAAGGAUGGCCACUUCAGGAACGCACGCAAGAAAAAGACGGGACGACGGAGUGUGGCGCUGAUCAAGCCUGGCGGUCUGGCAGGCUAUAUCGGGACGAUUUCGUCCUACAGAUCAUUCAUCGACGUUGUCGCCAAAACUGAUGUCUAUGUCGGCUUCCUGCCGCUGACGUCGAUUGAGAAGAUUGUGGACCGAUAUCCCAUUGUGUUGUUGACCAUGGCCAAGAGACUGACAAACCUACUUCCUCGCCUCAUUCUGCACAUUGACUUUGCGCUGGAGUGGGUUCACGUCAAUGCCGGACAGGUGAUUUUCAACGAGAAAGAAGAGAGCGAAGCCAUCUACAUUGUGCUAAAUGGACGUCUCAGGCUAGUAGAGCAGCGAGAGGACGGUGGCAGCAAUGUCAAGGCCGAGUAUGGUCAAGGCGAGAGUAUCGGUGAGCUCGAGGUUCUCACAGAGUCGAGCCGCUCGGGAACUUUGCAGGCCAUUCGUGAAACUGAGCUUGUCAAGUUUCCACGCACUCUGUUCAACAGUCUGGCACAGGAGCACCCCAACAUCACGAUCAAGAUUUCCAAGAUCAUUGCAUCCCGCAUGAGAGCGCUGAUCAACGACCCCACCAAGAUGCUGAGCCCUAAGGAUUCGGGCAGCAGGAUAUCAACCACCAGGAUCUCAUCGACACUCAACCUGAGGACGGUUGCUAUCCUGCCAGUAACUUCGGGCGUUCCCGUUGUGGACUUUGGACACAAGUUGCUCAGUGCUCUGCAACAAGUCGGCAUUCCCAACGGGGCUACCUUGUUGAACCACGUCGCGGUGCUCAACCAUCUGGGCAAACACGCCUUUGCCAAGAUUGGCAAGCUCAAGCUUAGCCAGUAUCUUGCGGACUUGGAGGAAAAGUACGGGCUGGUGAUCUACAUUUCGGACACCAACCCUAAUACUCCGUGGACGCAGACCUGCAUCUCUCAGGCCGAUUGCGUGUUGUUAGUCGGGGUGGCUGAGGGAUCGCCGGAGAUAGGGGACUAUGAGCAUUUCAUGCUGGGUCUCAAGGCCACUGCCCGCAAGAUCUUGGUCUUGCUGCAUCCUGAGCGGUAUUCUAACCCAGGUCUUACCAGAGCUUGGCUCAAGAACCGGCCAUGGAUUAACGGUGGCCACUUCCACAUCCAGAUGGCCUACAGUCCCACACUGCCGCCAAUGCACACCGGAGCCAAGCGAACCCUUAAACAAACAGUCCAAAACAUCCAAGCCGAGAUUCAAAAGUUCACCUCCCGCCGUGUUCGCCAUAGCUACAUGCCUGACGCGCCUUACAAAGGGGACUUCCACCGUCUCGCCCGUCGCCUCUGCGGGAAGUCUGUCGGUCUGGUUCUAGGUGGCGGCGGAGCCCGUGGCAUUGCUCAAAUCGGCGUCAUUCGCGCCAUGGAAGAAGCCGGCAUUCCCAUCGAUAUCAUUGGAGGCACCUCCAUCGGCGCUUUCAUCGGCGCCCUCUACGCCCAGCACGCCAACAUGGUACCGAUAUACGGCCUCGCAAAGAAGUUUGCCGGUCGCAUGGCAAGCAUCUGGCGUUUCGCCCUCGACUUGACCUACCCCUCUGCCUCGUACACCACCGGCCACGAAUUCAACCGCGGGAUUUACAAAGCCUUUGCCAAAACCCAAAUCGAAGACUUCUGGCUGGAAUACUACUGCAACACGACGAACAUUUCCAAAUCCCGCGCCGAGUUCCACACGAGCGGUUACGCAUGGCGAUAUGUCCGCGCAUCCAUGUCCCUCGCGGGUUUGCUCCCUCCCCUUUGCGACGAAGGGAGCAUGCUCCUCGACGGGGGGUACAUCGACAACCUCACCGUCUCGCACAUGAAAUCGCUCGGUUCCGACGUCAUCUUUGCCGUCGACGUGGGCGCGCUGGACGACAACACGCCGCAGCAGUUUGGUGACACUUUGUCGGGGGUGUGGGCGUUUUUUAACAGGUGGAACCCGCUGAGCAAUGUGCCCAACCCGCCCACGCUGGCGGAGAUACAGGCGAGGUUGGCGUAUGUGAGCAGUGUGGAUGCGUUGGAGAGGGCGAAGACGAUGCCGGGGUGCUUCUACAUGAGGCCGCCGAUCGAUGAGUAUGGGACGUUGGACUUUGGGAAGUUUAACGAAAUUUAUGAGGUUGGGUAUGAGUAUGGACGGGGGUAUCUGAAGGAGUUGAGGGAGAAGGGGGUGUUGCCAUUGAUUGGGGAGGAUGGGAAUGGGGGGAAGGAGAGGGGGGAUGGGGGAGGGAAGGCGGGGUUGAGGAGGACUAUGGCGCCGAGGAGGAAUAGUAUCUGA